CGGCGAGGAGGGUGUGGAAUUAGAUGGGAGAAAUGCCGAGUUUCUGGGUACGAGCAGCGUCGGCUGUCCCAGGAACUGCUCUCUGUUACGCCCCUUCUAUCACAUUGCGGCGUUACUUUGAAACAUUUCAACGAGGUACAAGUAGACUUCUGCGAACCGUGCCGUGUUUCAUUCUCUCCACACUUUCUAGUUCUGUGAGACGAGGCAACAUGUUGGGGGAGGGCAGUAAGUAAAACUACCGCCUCACGUUUAGCAAUGCACCAGACGUACGUUCAGACUUGUGGACUGUAGAUUUGCACUUGGAAUUAGGAAUGUAGUGGCAUGUAUUGUUAUCGUUAGUAGUAUAACUUAUCUCGUGUGUGUGUGUUGGCCAAACCCACAGUAACUAAACAUACUCCUUAUGCAAUCAAUGAAUGUGCGAAACUCCUGGGAUUUAUUGCAAUCUCUUAUGAAUGAUUUUCACUGAACCUUUAGAUUUUCUUGCAUUAGCUUACAAGAAAAAAAAAAAAAGAAGAAGAAGAAGAAGCAGCAGCAGCAGAAGAAAGAAAAGGCAGUUGCUUCACAGAGGCGUUAAGCUUUCCUGUUUACCGCAAGGCCGGGGCGGGCUUGGCUGCCCACACCAUGCGGCGCCCUCGGACCCAAAGCACACCUGUUCCUAGAGAGUUAUUAAUAGAGCCCAAAGAAUGACUUACUCUGUCAAGUGAUUUUCGUGCGAAUCUAAUGUCUUGCAUGGCAAUUAGGAGGUGGUUCUCUGUUCUUUUAGCUGGGUGGUGCUGUGCGUCUCCACCCUCAUAUUGGCGGUUGGGUCUCUUCCGAGGAGAGACCAAGAGCUGGUAGUGAACCCGCUGCUGAGAGGGCGAAUGCUCCAGAACACCUCCAAGCUGGAAACCUGGAGGGGGAUCGAGCUGCUGUUCCCGAGGCCCUCUCCAGCCAAGGAAAAGCUACACAAAAAGCCUGGAUCUCCCGGACGGACCCACCCCCCCACCGCGGCAAGUGAAGGCUCUCUCGGCGUCGCCCUCUAGCGUUCUUCAGGAGAAGCGCCACCCCCGGGUUCCUGGAGACCCUGCGCACCAUGGGGUCCACCAGCGUCCCGCUGGUGAAGACCCACCGCAGUUCUGUGUCUGACUAUGUCAACUACGACAUUAUCGUCCGGCAUUACAACUACACGGGAAAACUGAAUGUCAGCGCGGACGAGAACGGCAUUAAACUGAGCUCCGUGGUGUUCAUUCUCAUCUGCUGCUUUAUCAUCCUAGAGAACAUCUUUGUCUUGCUGACCAUUUGGAAAACCAAGAAGUUCCACCGACCCAUGUACUAUUUUAUCGGCAACCUGGCCCUCUCAGACCUGUUGGCGGGAGUGGCCUACACGGCCAACCUGCUCUUGUCUGGCGCCACCACCUACAAGCUCACCCCCGCCCAGUGGUUUCUGCGGGAAGGGAGUAUGUUUGUGGCCUUGUCUGCCUCGGUGUUCAGCCUCCUAGCCAUCGCCAUCGAGCGCUAUAUCACAAUGCUGAAGAUGAAACUCCACAACGGGAGCAACAGCUUCCGCUCCUUCCUGCUGAUCAGUGCCUGCUGGGUCAUCUCCCUCAUCCUGGGUGGCUUCCCCAUCAUGGGCUGGAACUGCAUCAACAUGCUGGCCAGCUGCUCCACUGUCCUGCCGCUCUACCACAAGCACUAUAUCCUCUUCUGCACCACCGUCUUCACCCUGCUCCUGCUCGCCAUCGUCAUCCUGUACUGCAGGAUCUACUCCUUGGUCAGGACUCGGAGCCGCCGGCUGACCUUCCGCAAGAACAUCUCCAAGGCCAGCCGCAGCUCUGAGAAGUCGCUGGCGCUCCUCAAGACCGUGAUUAUCGUCCUGAGCGUCUUCAUCGCCUGCUGGGCGCCCCUCUUCAUCCUGCUCCUGCUGGACGUGGGCUGCAAGGUGAAGACCUGCGACAUCCUCUUCAGAGCGGAGUACUUCCUGGUGCUGGCCGUGCUCAACUCCGGCACCAACCCCAUCAUUUACACUCUGACCAACAAGGAGAUGCGCCGGGCCUUCAUCCGGAUCCUGUCCUGCUGCAAGUGCCCCAGCGGAGACUCCGCCGGCAAAUUCAAGCGACCUAUCAUCGCCGGCAUGGAAUUCAGCCGCAGUAAGUCGGACAACUCCUCCCACCCCCAGAAGGACGAUGGGGACAACCCAGAGACCAUUAUGUCCUCUGGAAAUGUCAACUCUUCUUCCUAAAACUGAAAGCUGCCCGACCCAUGGGGAGAGUUCUUGCAUGGUCACCCCACCACCCAGUGUUUGGAAAACAAAAACAAAAAUAAAAAAGUCUCUGUGCCUCCACCGCUGCCAGGGAGGAGCUGCUGGGAGCCAGACGGAGGGGGCAGGGGGCAGAGUAAGAGCAGCCUGGUGGUGCCGGGGUGUUGGUGGGUUAGUUCCUGUGAACAAUGCACUGGGAAGGGUGGAGAUCAGGUCCUCGCCUGGGAUCUAUUUCCUACCCCCGCCCUGGAGCUUUGAUUUUGCACUGAGCCAAAGGUCUAGCAUUGUCAAGCUCCUGGAGGGUUCAUCUGGCCGCUCCUCUAAGACUAAGGCCCCAGUGUGAGAGCAUCUGUGGAGAGCUUGGAGGAGACGUUUUCUCUCACCUUAGUUGCCAGCCCAAGUGACUGUGUGCACUUCUGCGUCUCUGGGUAUGCCCUGCAUAUCCUACCCUCCCUUUCCCUUCACACCCCUCCUUAAAAUUCUGUUACUUUAUAUUUGAACGACCUGGCGUUCUUCAGAGCCGGGGUUGUGGCACGGUCCAUUUCCUGAUCGUCUGCAGCGGGUAGGCCGUGUUCAGGAGGGAAACUGUGAGGAAUGGAGAUGGUUUGGAGAUGUAGAGCAAUUUUAUUUGCUGAGGCCAAAGUUUCCACGUAAGCUGGAUCAGUUUUUGGAAUUUGGUUACAGUCACUUUGAUUUCUUUUUUUUUUCUUUUAACAACUUUACAAUGAAGUAUGUUACAGCAUCGUUAUCCAUUGUGUCUGAAAGUCUGCAUAAGUCCAGUUUAUCUAGAUGCUAUCAACCGGGAUCCUUUGUGUCAUAGGAGAAUCAAACAAGUAAAACAAGGUGAAAACUGACUGGGGGUGACUUUGUAAACCAAGAGAGAUUUCUUAAUGAGUUUGUCUAACAAAUACAACGUCUGUCUUUGGCACUUUUGUUGACGUUUAUUUCAGAGUGUUGUGUGAAUUAUUUCAACCAACAGGAUGGUUGUAUUUUGUUGUGUUAAAAGUACUUUCCGUGAUUUUUGAAUGUAUUUGUUUCAGCAUUUUAUUGGACUUUUCUAACCUGUGUUAACACCGUUGAACGUGUAUUUCCUAAGAAAGUACAACCCUCUUGUGCCAUUAAAGCAUUACUUUAACUGAUAGGGAAUACCAGAAGUUUUAAAAUACAGCUGUUCAUUAAAUAGUUAAUUAAAGAUGUGUAUAAAUGUCACAAAAAAAACAUAUUGCUGUCUCUUUAGUAUGGUUUUCAGUGCAAUUAAACCGAGAAAUGUCUUUUUUUAAAAAAAUAGUAUUUAAUAGGUUUCUGACUUUUGUGGAUCAUUUUGCACAUAGCUUUAUCAACUUUUAAACAUUAAUAAACUGAUUUUUUUUAAAGA